AUGUGGAUUAGUAAAAAGUGGAAAGAAGGUUUUCAUGUAACAUCUAUGGGCACUGCUGGGAGUCGUUGGGGUGUUGUCAUGUCGAGGAAUGCAGGAUACUCCUACCAGGUUGUUGAGUUAGAUUUCCUGUAUCCAAGUGAAGGACUCCAUCGGCAGUAUGACGCCGGUUACAGAAUAACCUCAUGUGCAGCAACGCCUGACCAGGCCGCUUUUAUCAUGAGCAGGGCCAAGAAGCCCAAGAAGAAACCGAUGGACGAAAUACUUCUAACUUCUGCUUUCCCUUGCAAGGCUAUAAAGGAGCAAUGGGCAAAGAACAUCUACGUCGCCUCGAUCUGCCACGGGCGAACUGACGGGCUCUCCUCUCUCUCCCUCGCCUCCCGAUUCCAGCCGCAAGGAGGCGCCCACCCCGAUGCUCAUCCGGUGCCGCGCCGGCCGACGCUGGCGAGCGCAGCACCCUGCACCACCGUUAAGCCUCAGAUCCUCCUCUCCUCCGCGUGCCCGAGCUCCUCGCUGUGCGCCGCCCGGGAGGGCUCGCCGCUCGACCAGAGCCUCCGCCAAUCGGUCGUCGUUGUACUUGCCGGCGACCUCGCCGUCCCCUCUGCGCCGCCGUCCAUCUCAACUGAAGGUUAA